GCGGAGCUACAGAGACGCGCCCGGAAAGACACGCGCUCUCUCGCGGUUGCCAUACAGCUCCAUGUGUGUCGCAGGGCAGAGGAGACUUCCACAUUAACCCGCGCGCUACGUCCGUGUCCACUCUACCGGAAGGCAGAGGCUGAACGGUUGCAUUUUAACGCUGGAGGGGGACCGACGCUGUCAUGGCGACAUCGAGCUCCUGUGUUGUGAUUAGCGAUGAGGAGAAGGGCUAUGACCUGGAUCUUUUCUGUAUACCGAAGCACUAUGCUGGUGACUUGGAGAGGGUCUACAUUCCUCACGGACUCAUCUUGGACAGGACAGAGAGGCUGGCGAGGGAGAUCAUGAAGGAAAUGGGGGGGCACCACAUCGUGGCCCUUUGCGUGCUCAAGGGCGGCUACAAGUUUUUCGCAGACCUGCUGGACUACAUCAAAGCCCUGAACAGGAACAGUGACCGCUCCAUCCCGAUGACGGUGGACUUCAUUCGCCUGAAGAGCUACUGUAACGACCAGUCGACUGGUGAAAUCAAAGUGAUCGGUGGAGACGAUCUGUCAACCCUGACAGGAAAGAACGUCCUAAUUGUGGAGGAUAUCAUUGACACAGGAAAGACGAUGAAGACGUUACUGCAGCUACUCAAGCAGUACAAUCCCAAAAUGGUUAAAGUAGCAAGUUUGUUGGUGAAGAGAACGCCGAGGAGCGUUGGCUACAGGCCAGACUUUGUAGGAUUUGAAGUCCCCGACAAAUUUGUGGUAGGAUAUGCGUUGGACUACAACGAGUACUUCAGAGACCUGAACCAUAUCUGCGUCAUUAGUGAAACAGGGAAGGAGAAGUACAAGGCAUGAGAAGCACUGCGGUACACUUUUUAAUGUGUAGUUGGUUUUUCUCUCUCUCCCCCCCCCCCCUCCUCCUUUGCAAUUCAUUUUAUAUUUGAUAACCUCAUAUUGUGUGAGAAUAAAAUGCUGAGCCUGCUCAGGGUCCCUGAGGACGCCCGGAGGCGGUGGUCCCAGACGCCCCUCUGUUUCCAUCACCGCGCACGUGCACAAGAAAACUGCUGAUUGCCUUAGUCAGAAAUGAACCCACCAUCGAUUAGUACGACGCUUUCAUGUUCCACAUUGAUGUUUUCAUGUUCUUUUUUUUUUUUUAUUGAAUAAUUUAUUUAGAGAAUUGCUGCUACCAUAAAGUAAAGGUUAAUAAUUGAUGUGCUACCAAAAGAUUCUCAACCUGUUGUUUUAAAAGAAACAUUGCUUUAUAUUGUAAUUGAGCUUUUACCUGGAACUGCUCUGUCUGCGCUCUCUCCCAGAGGAUGUAACAUUUAUUUUGGUGUCUUGUUUUGGACAUAACCCAAACCCCUCUUUUGUACUGGCAUAUGUGGGCAGACUUUCUUUGAAAUUUCUGUAAAAUCACCUAAAUGUUUGCUUGCCGCUAAAGAUGAAAGAUCCCUCUGUCGGAGUGUAAUCUUGUCCUCCACAUUCUUCCAGUAUCUAUUUUUUUAAUGUAAUAGAUGGGGAGCUCUGACAUGCUGGGGGCCAAGUUUGCAGAUGAAACAUGUUGAAUUGCUUCCUGAACAGGACUUGAGAUUGUUCACACAUGAAACGCCGUUACAUCUGUGACGUACCCAUCGCUCGUCGUUCGCCUUCGCUGCAAGCCCCAACUUUUCAGCACCGACUAUUAAAUGUUCUCACCCCUCUUG